AUGGCUGCUUCACUUGUAUAUCGGCUUUCGUCGGUCAUACUCAUCGUCUUGCUUCUCUUCAUCAUGCUUAACAAUGAAGUUAUGGUGGUGGAAUCGAGGCUUUGUGAAAGGCGAAGCAAGACAUGGACAGGGUUCUGCGGUAGCUCCAACAACUGCAAUAAUCAAUGCAGGAACUGGGAGCGCGCGAGUCACGGUGCUUGCCAUGCGCAAUUUCCGGGGUUUGCGUGUUUUUGCUAUUUCAACUGUUAAUCGCUU